AUGGCCAAGGUCCCGGAGCUGGAGGACGCCUUCCCGCAGGCACAGCCGUCGCCCCCACUUGCCGCUGAGCCCCGGGGCGAGUGCUGCGUGCCGCUCCUGAGCAAGGGCCUGCUCGGCUACCCCGGGGGGAGGGUGUACCUGGCGGCCGAGGCGCAGCCGGGAGGCGCGCUGGGCGGCGCGGAGAAGGAAGGCGACCCGGAGCUGCAGACCGGAGUUAAGUCAGAAAUGCAUUUAAGCAACGGCAACUUUUCCUCUGAAGAGGAGGAUUCGGACAGUCACGACAGCAAAGCCAAAGCAGCGGACGCACACCUGUCGCAGAAGAAAACCAUCACGCAGAUGAUGAAGGAUAAAAAGAAGCAGACACAGCUCACCCUGCAGUGGCUUGAAGAGAAUUACAUUGUAUGUGAAGGAGUUUGCUUACCACGGUGCAUCCUUUAUGCACACUAUUUAGAUUUCUGCAGGAAAGAGAAAUUGGAGCCAGCCUGUGCAGCCACCUUUGGAAAGACAAUUCGCCAGAAAUUUCCCCUCUUAACGACAAGACGGCUUGGAACAAGAGGCCAUUCAAAGUAUCAUUAUUAUGGGAUUGGCAUCAAAGAAAGCAGUGCAUAUUACCACUCCGUUUACUCUGGAAAAGGCCUGACCAGGUUUUCUGGAAGCAAGCUUAAGAAUGAGGGUGGCUUCACUCGUAAAUAUUCACUUAGCUCAAAAACUGGAACGCUUCUUCCGGAAUUCCCCAGUGCUCAACACCUUGUGUACCAAGGAUGCAUUUCUAAAGAAAAGGUUGAUACCCUCAUAAUGAUGUACAAAACUCACUGCCAAUGCAUCCUGGACAAUGCAAUUAAUGGGAACUUUGAAGAGAUCCAGCAUUUCUUAUUACACUUCUGGCAAGGGAUGCCUGAUCAUCUCCUCCCCCUGCUUGAAAACCCUGUUAUCAUUGACAUUUUCUGUGUUUGCGACUCAAUUCUUUAUAAGGUUCUUACAGAUGUACUCAUUCCUGCAACAAUGCAAGAAAUGCCUGAAAGCUUAUUAGCAGACAUAAGAAAUUUUGCUAAAAAUUGGGAACAGUGGGUUGUUUCAUCCUUGGAAAACUUGCCAGAAGCUCUGACUGACAAGAAAAUACCUAUUGUGCGAAGAUUUGUAUCCUCUCUGAAGCGACAAACAUCUUUCUUGCAUCUUGCUCAGAUUGCCAGACCGGCUCUCUUUGACCAGCAUGUUGUGAAUUCUAUGGUAUCGGAUAUAGAAAAGGUUGACUUGAACAGUAUUGGAUCUCAAGCCCUUCUCACCAUUUCGGGCAGCACAGACACUGAAUCUGAUAUCUACACUGAACAUGACUCUAUCACGGUGUUCCAAGAACUGAAAGAUCUCCUGAAGAAGAAUGCCACCGUGGAGGCCUUUAUUGAAUGGUUGGAUACUGUGGUAGAGCAGAGGGUAAUUAAGACCAGCAAACAAAAUGGAAGGUCAUUAAAGAAGAGGGCUCAAGACUUCCUGCUGAAGUGGAGCUUUUUUGGUGCUCGAGUAAUGCAUAAUCUCACCUUGAACAACGCAUCCAGUUUUGGUUCCUUCCAUUUGAUCCGCAUGCUUCUUGAUGAAUACAUCCUCCUGGCCAUGGAGACCCAGUUUAAUAAUGACAAAGAGCAGGAGUUACAGAAUUUAUUGGACAAGUAUAUGAAAAAUUCAGACGCAAGUAAAGCCGCCUUCACUGCUUCUCCGAGUUCAUGCUUUCUGGCAAACCGUAAUAAGGCGAGUGCAGUUGCCAGUGACACUGUGAAGAAUGAAAGCCACGUGGAAACAACCUAUCUGCCUCUGUUAUCCAGUCAACCUGGAGGCUUAACCUCUGCUCUGCACCCAUUCCCUGCGGGGAAUGCAGACAGCAUGCCGCUCGCAGGUCAAAUGGAGCUUUCCCAGAGUUCUGGUCAUCUGAUGACACCACCCACCUCUCCAGCCAUGGCCAGUCGAGGAAGCGUCAUUAACCAAGGUCCAAUGGCAGGGAGACCCCCAAGUGUGGGUCCCGUACUGUCAGCCCCGCCACACUGCUCAACAUACCCGGAGCCCAUUUAUCCUACUCUUCCUCAAGCCAACCACGACUUUUAUGGGACCAACUCUAACUAUCAGACUGUGUUCAGGGCGCAGCCUCACCCCCCAUCAGGACUCUAUCCUCAUCGCCCUGAGCAUGGUCGGUGCAUGGCCUGGAGUGAACAGCAGCUCUCCAGAGAUUUCUUCAGCGGCAGCUGUGCUGGGUCUCCCUUUAAUUCUCGGCCACCUUCCAGCUAUGGACCAUCCCCGCACAGCCAGGAUCCACACAGCAUGCAGUUCUUAAAUACAGGAAGCUUCAAUUUCCUGAGCAAUGCAGGGGCUGCCAGCUGUCCAGGAGCAACGCUGCCUCCGAAUUCACCUAACGGCUACUAUGGAAGCAAUGUGAACUACCCAGAGUCUCAUAGACUUGGAUCGAUGGUGAAUCAGCACGUUUCUGUCAUCAGCAGUGUCCGCUCACUGCCUCCCUACAGCGACAUCCAUGAUCCACUUAACAUUUUAGAUGACAGUAGUAGAAAGCAGACCAGCUCAUUUUAUGCAGACACAUCGCCUUCAGUUGUAUGUCGAACUCCAGUAGUAGCAUCCAGCUUGCAAACCCCAAUUCCUUCCUCUUCAUCCCAGUGUAUGUAUGGAACCUCUAAUCAGUAUCCAGCUCAAGAAACCCUGGACUCCCACGGAGCAAACGGGAGAGAAAUGGUGUCCUCUUUGCCACCCAUCAACACUGUGUUCAUGGGAACAGCAGCUGGAGGCACUUAA